GAUGAGGAAAAGAAGGUGGCCUCAUCUCCUGAUGAAGCUUCAUCAGAUGCCCUUGAAUCUUGGAACUCUGUAUUGGUCCAAGAGAAAGAAGAGCUGCCUUGGGCGUCUGAGAGGAAACAGAAGACGUUCCUGAAGAAAAUGACUGAGAUCCAGCAGACCACAGUGUUGGAGCCCUUGCUAGCUGAGCUCCGCAUGCUAUUCUCAGCGGUGCUACAGGACUGCAGCCCUGCAGCCUGGCGUUACCUACAUGCAGUACUGGGUCUGUUGCCUCCAUAUCGUACACUGCUAUGUGACUACCUUGAUUUGCUGCCUUUUCUGGAGCAGCUGUACCGCUGGGCACCUUGGGUCCAGUCCCAGCUCCAGCUGGACCUGCUGGAUGCCAUAGACCAGGCCUUUCCCCGAGACACCUCUUUGUUAGCGGGUGCCUCCCAUACUGACUGCCAUCCGCAAAAACAGAGGUUUCAACAUGGGCAGCCCGGAUACCCUACCUGCCCUAUUGUACAGGCCCAGAGGGAUGAGAAGCAAGUAGAGAAGGAUUUGGCUACAUGGUUGCGACCACUAACACUGCCGGAAUUACAGCACUGCCUAGGCAUUGUUGGUGCUGAGGUGGCCCUAGAAGAGACUCAUUGGCUGCAUGGCCUUAGCCUCCUCCCCUUGGCACUGGCAGCAGACAUCCCUGUACAGUUGGAAAGCAGAACCGCUGACAACGCAGAGGAAGAACCUGUUGGAAGAGAGACUAGGUCACAACUUGACCAGAAAAUUUCUGAGGAGAAAACCUUCCAAAAGAGAGAUACUAGCUUCGUACCUGAGACUUCCCUCUUGGGUAGUCGGGUGAUAAACAUUCUACAGACAGAAAAAUACCUGAAGAAGAUCCACUUUGUCUACCUCAAUGUGGCUCCGAGUCGUCACUUUAGGCCUUAUAGCUUGAUGGUGGUGCCACCAAACAAAGUGAAUCCUGAGCACUACAUCUUCUCGCCUUUUGGGAUCCUGCAUAUCCAUCCUGUGGAGGGCAGUGACACAAUGACGCUGGGUACCUGGCAUCGCCACUCUGUUCUCUGGCAACAGCUUCAGUUCAUUCCAUUCUUUAAGAAUUGCCUCGUACGCAAGGCAUUGAACUGCUGGAAGAAGUGCGUGAAGUUGCAGGUGGUGCAUCAAUGUCGGAUGUUCCUAGGGAGUCAUCUGCUCUUGGCUGUGCCCCACUUCGGAGCUGGACUGCUCCAUAUUAGCAGGCUUCUGCAGGAACUGCACUCUGUAUCCUGGCUCCCUCAGGAACCAGAUCAGAGCUACGAUCUACUGGAGCUGCAAAAGGCUCUAACCAAGGAGAACCAGAAGGCUCUACGUCUGCUCCGCCGCUGCCUACGCCUCUGCACAGCCAUUCUUAAAUUGGUUCAUGAGGACACUUACCACAUGCAGCAAGGCCUGCAGGAGCAAGUGCAAAGUUGCAAGAGGAUAAACCAGGGCUCCAUAUACCUCCAGAAUGUACAGUGCCAGGAGCUGGAGCAGAGACUGAAGCAGGCAGAGGCUUGGCUGCUGCAUCUGGGACAACUUGCACGCCUAAUAAACUACAUGAUUUGUCAGAGCCUUGUGUCCAUCGUGGAGGAAAAGAUAACCUCUUUUGUGGCCAACAUCCUUCAAGCCCCAAGGCAGAAACCCUUUCUAACAGCACAGCUGGUCAUUGAUGAGUGUGAUCAACUUUCUCAUGUGCCCGCCAUUGAAAAGAUGAUCCAGACUCUAACUGGGGGCCUCCAGUUGGUCAAGACCUCUGUCCUGCAGGUGAUGGAAUCUGCAGACCUCCAGAUGUCAUGGGAUUCCCUGUAUUCCCAAGCAGAAGAUGAAGAGGAUGACUUGAACUUGGAAUUCUUGACGUCCAAGAUCCAGGACCAGCCCAGCAAUGCUGUGCGUAUCUUCUGUGGCCAGGAUAUUGCAUUGGUGUGGCCCUGGAAGUCUUUCCCAAUAACUGGAAUCUUGGAGGUCCGCGGGUACCACCUGCGGGGUCAAUACUUACCUCCCAACUAUAAGCAGCUGCAGGAAGACCUUGACAAUAACCUUCAAAUCCAGCAGGCAAUGACUAUACAACAGACUCUGAUGGAGGGUGCACUGUCAGAAGUGCAGGAAUUCUGCAGAGAAUAUCACUGGGUAACAGGCAUUUAUGAAUUCGUGCAAGCUUGGGGGCCUCAGCAGUUGGACGCCAUGAGGGGCUGCCCCAUCAAGAAUUACACAUCCCUGGUGAGCCACCUGAACACUUGGCAGGCCCAGGUCUCCACAAUGCCUAUCGAGUUGAUUACAAAAGGCAACCUGCUACUGCUGAGCUGCCAUGAGAUACAGGCAGAGAUGGAAUUCAAGCUGGACAGCAUCAGGAAGGACAUCCUUGCACAGGUGCAGGAUGAGUGCUGGAGCCGCACUAAGCAACUAAUGACAGAACUCACAGAUUUCAUGCAGACCUUCCAAACCAUCAACUCUGACAUUCAUGCCAUUGCGCGGUGCUCCCAGAAGUUGAAUGAGGCUAAUGAGCAGUACAAUGAACUGGAAGAUCGAGUGGAAUACAUACGAUCACUUCAUGACCUCAUCCGGAACCAAUUUAACCACUUCAGUGCUGAAAAUGAGGCGCUGGAUAUCUCGGUGAGAGGGCAAUUCUGAGAGACACCUACGCUACCCAUCCCCUCCCCACAACCACAUCUACUUGACUGCCCUCUGUUUGCCUUCCAGCUGCUAGACACAUGGGAGGCAUUUCAGUUUGAGAAAAGCCAGGCCUCAGAGUUCCUGCUCAGCAAGCGACAUGCCAUUGUACCCAAGCUGCAGCAGCUGAUGGCAACUGCAUUGGCAGAGCUGGAAAACCUGCUCGAGAAGGCUGUGUCUGGUCCCUUCAUGGACCCUGCGCAAGAGCUGAGGAGCACUGAGCGCCAGCUCAUCUCCCUGGAACGUCAGUUCCAGAACACAGCCAGCCACCUCAGUGAAAUGCACCAUGCAUAUGCCACCUUCACUGGAGAUGAAAAUCCUGUGCCCUUGCCAGCCUGUGGGACCCGUCCUAUUGUGCAGCAGCAGCGCAUCUGGCACCUCUACCGAGUCAUCUCGGAAAACAUCAGCGAGUGGAAGUGCAUGGCUUUUUCCAAGUUCAACCUGGUUAUGGCCCUGGAAAAGACGGAUGGCUGGCUGACAGAGGCAGCCCGUAUGAGCACAAUCCUGGGGCUGCAAAGCCCAGUGCUGCACCGCUGCAUGCGCAUGCUGGAGGAAUUCCGCAGCUACCUACCAGUGCUCACCAAGCUGGGCAGCCUCCAGCUGCAGAACCUCCACUGCCAAGCCCUCCUACGAGUUUUAGGGCUAGAAAGUCUCACUAAUCUGGACCUCCUAACACUAGGCCAGCUACUUACUUGUCCAUUGCUGGAGUUUGCAGAUCGAAUCAACCAGAUCUGGCAAUGCGAAAAUGAACGAAUCCAUGCCCAAGACGCCCUCCGGCGACUUCAGAGGUCCUGGGAAGCUCGCCAACUGCGCCUGCUCAACUUUAUUCUGCGUGUACCCUACGAGCCCCCAGCUGCAGAACGAUCCAAGAGACAGAUGCUCCGUAGUCCCCAGUGGGAUGUAGUAAGCAAGGAUAGUGGCACCUUCAUCCUUUCAGACUACAGCAGCCUGCAGAAUUCCAUCCAAGAGAGUCUUCAACUGUUAUUCAAGAUCCUAGCCAUCCAAAAGUCAGGAAAUUUGCACACAGUGGCCCUGGAGUGGGUGACCAUCAUGCAAGGGCUGGGUGCCCUGCUGGAGGUGUGGGUGACUUUCCAGCAGAAGUGGAUUUUUCUGAAUAAAGUUCUGCAUGAGAUGAAGAUCCAGUUUCCUAGCUCUGACCUGAGCUCUCGCUUCAAAGCCAUGGAUGACCAGUAUCGGACCCUGAUGAGGAUUUCCAUAGCUGACCCCCUGGUCUUGUCUCUUAUAGUACCCAGUGCUAAGCGGACUCCUUACUUCCAGGGCCAGCAGCUGCAACAACUACUCCAAGCAGGCUCAGUAGAGCUGGAGGGCAUCAUCAUGGCUCUGGAGAAUGUGCUCUAUAGGGUGCGUACUCACUUCCCCCGCCUCUUCUUCCUUAGCGACAGUGAACUGGUGGCCCUUCUGGCUGCCCCACUGGAAUCAUGUGAGGCCCAGAAGUGGGUCCGACGUUGCUUUCCUAGUGUGCGUGCAAUGAGCUUCAACUCAGUUGAUGAGAAGAAAAGCAUGGGUGACUGGGAGUCGAGCCCAAACACACCUUCUCUUGUGGAAGCACUGGCAGUGCUAGGAGCAGGUGGGGAGGAGAUGAAGUUGCAGGUGCCCCUUCCUCUGCAUCCAGAUCUCCCCAAGUGGCUGGCCUCUCUGGAGAAGGCUCUGCGUGAGGUCCUGGUGCAUACACUGCAGGACUGUGUGGCCUCCCGCCUUACUCAGGGUGAAUCCCUGGAUGGCACACAGCCCCUACACAACCAGCUUGCCCUGCACCAAUAUAUAGUCCACUGGCUGGAUUUAGCCCAGACCUUUCCGUGGCAGUGUGUGCUGGUGGCAGAGGAGGUGAUGUGGCGGGCUGAGAUGGAGGAGGCUCUGCUUGAGGGAAACACUCUGGAUUUGGUCCCCAUGCAAGUGUGCAAGCUUGAAGUACUGGUGCAAUUUAUGCGGGCCCAGAGGGGUGCCCAGGGUGGGCAGUACCUGCCCUCUGUUCAUCAGGCUAGCCUAUUCAGUGCCCUCUUGGUCAUGGCAGUGACCCAUCGGGAUAUUGCACAACUGCUGCGGCAGCAUGAGGUCAGUGAUCUGCAAGAUUUCCACUGGGCCCGCCAACUCAAGUACCACCUGGGUUCAUCUCGCGUGACCAAAAGUCCCCUACAGAGUCUCAGGACUAUUGUUACAUCGACUGGGUCCUCUCAGCCCCCAGCUGCCUGCUGGAUAGAUGUGCUGGGCCACUCCUUCCUGUACAAUUAUGAGUAUCUGGGACCCAGGCUGGACCUACUACCCAGCCUGCUGCCUGAGCGGCCAGCUCUGGUGCUGUUAUUGGCACUUGAGGAGGUGGCUUGCGGGACCCUACUGGGCCCUCAAGGUGUGGGCAAGACAACUAUGGUGACUAACCUGGCACGGGCCCUAGGACGCCAGCUGGUGAUUUUACCCUGCUUGCCUCAGACAGAAGCCCAAAGCCUGAGCAACUAUCUGAAUGGUGCCCUACAGGGAGGUGCCUGGCUGAUGUUGAAGGCAGUUCAGCACCUGCCCCCUGGCUUGCUCUCUGCCCUGGGCCAGCGCCUAGCUCAACUACACCUUCUGUAUGCCCCACUGUACCGGGAGGCUUCCCAAAGCACCAGCUCCAUCAACCCCAUCCAUCCAUUGCAACUUGGCACUGGCUUCUUUGAAAACCAUCAUGUGUACAUGCGCCUUGGCUAUGGCUGUCUUAUGACACUGCAUGCCCUGAGCCCUGCUGUGCCUGCCAACCUGCGCCUGCUCUUGAGGCCUGUAGCACUGGCAUUGCCCAACUUGUACCAUGUAGCAGAGAUGACUCUGCUGGGUGCAGGGAUGCGGGAUGCCUCCCGCAUGGCUAACCGCCUAGCCAAAUUAUUCUCCCUAGAGCGUGAGCUGGUGUCUGGGCCCCUGCCCUGCCGCCUGCCGUUGCUUAAGCAGGUACUGGAGGACACAAUACAGAGACUAAAUGUAACUAAGGAGGAGCCCAGGUCCCAGCAUCACCGCCGCCUAGCUGCCAUUGAAGAGGCCUCCCUACUACAAGCUCUGCUGCACUCACAGCUUUUCAGGAUCCUUGAUAAGCCCCACCUGCACAAGCUCCAAGAGCUGCUCUGUGGGCUCUUCCCUGGUGCCAGUCAAGCGUUGGCAGAGCCCAUGACUCACAGACUGCCGAAGCCACUGAUGGUAGAGGAACUGCAGCAGGUAGGACUGUAUCCCAGCCCGGAAAUUUUGAGGUCCCUGGAACAGUUGAGCCAGGCCCUGAACCAGGCCUUGGGCAUUCUGCUCCUCGGCCCUGCAGGCAGUGGCAAGACAACUUGUUGGAACUGCUUAUUUAAGAUCCAGAACCGGCUGGCAGCCAUGGAGAAUGCCUCAGCCCAGGGCUACCAGUCUGUGGAAAUGACCCAUUUGUACCCCAGUGUUCUCAGCCCCCAGGAGUUCCUGGGAUGGCUCGAGGGCCCCUGCUGGCACCAUGGCAUCUUCCCCAGGCUGCUGCGUGCAGCUACUCAGUGUAAGCUCAUGGGCUUAAAGAAUCAGGUGCCAGAAUCAGUGGAGAUCCAGCACUGGAUUGUUUGUGAUGGAGCACCCAGUGCUGUUUGGCUGGACUCCAUCAUCUAUCUCCUUAGUGAGCCCCCUGAGUUUAAUCUCCCCAAUGGCCAGCAGAUACCACGCCCCCCAAGUACCUUUUUCUUGAUGGAAGUGGCAGAUGCCACCGGCAUGUCCCCCACAAUAGUAGGCCGAUGUGCCCUGGUCUGGUGUGGUGGAGAGCAGACUUGGCAGUGUAUGCUUAGCGUCCUGAUGGCAGCCCUGACCCAUGAGUAUCGCCUGCAGCAGCAGACGGUCACGGCACUCAACCAUCUGGCCGAAGUGUUGGUACCUGCCACAUUCCACUUCCUCACCUGCCAAGGUGCCAGUUCUCUGCUGCAGGUACAUGGGCAGCAGACUGUGUGCCCAGGCGUGGCUGAAGUUACCAGCUUGGCCCGCAUCUUUCGUGGUCUGCUUGACCCCUAUCUGCGCCUCGAUGAGGAGGAGAAGGCACGUGGCCCAGAGGACCACAGCAGUAGUGAGCCUGUGACUCAGAGCUUCAAGUCCUCAAAAAGCAGCUCUCUGAACAACCGGUCCCAGACAGACAGUGAAGAUGUGCACAAUAAGCACAGGGAACACUUGCUGGCUGUCAGCAGCUUUCUUUUUGCUCUGAUCUGGGGAUUUGGAGCUCUCCUUCCCUCCAGGCUCUGGCCCGUCUUUGACACCUUCCUGAGGGAGUCUAUUAAAUGCAUCUCCAACUACCCUGAGCCACCACCCUCAGCCUUGCUGUUUGAUCUGCAUGUAUGCCCUGAAGACGGGACUCUGGUCCCCUUCAAUGGCCAAUACCUGAGUAGCCGCAUCAGAGGAACUCUGGGUACCUUCAACCUUUCUCCCCAGAAUGAACGGCUCUUAUAUGUGGUGGACUUGCUUCUGUCAAAAGGACAGCCAGUGCUGCUGGCUGGAGAGACAGCAUCAGGGAAAUCGGCCUUCGUGGAGGUGCUAGUGGAGCCAAAUCACCCGUACACGUACAUCCCUAUCAACCCUACCUUCAGUUCCACCCAUCUUCGCUUCCUGCUAAGCCGAGGAGUCCAGGGCCAACCACAAACCAGCCCAUUGCUUGGGCAUAACCCGGAUUCUAAAGGCUACCUUCUCUUCCUGCUGGAGGAUUUACAUCUGGCGGCUUCUGAUCCAGAGAAAAGCUGCCAACCAGUACUGGAGGCUCUGCGCCAGGCUAUAGAUGGCACUGUGUAUGCCCAUAACACUUUGGAACUACAGAGACUGCAGCCUAUAAUCAACUUCCUUGCUACUGCCACAGUGCCAGGUUACUGUGAGCGGCCGCUGUGCCCACGCCUCUUUCGACUCUUCACAGUGCUGGUCCUAGGCAACAUGACCAAGGCGACCCUGCUGAGCAGGCACACACCUAGCAUUCAGGCCUGGCUUGAACGCUUCCCAUCUGUGGAGCAGGAGGGGCUGCUAGCAGGAUUCCUAGUUCAGGCCUCAGUGGAUGCCUGGGAAACUGUGUGCAAUUGCUUCAUGCCUUCACCUCUUCACCCACACUAUCGCUUCUCCCUGCACUCUGUGAGCCACUUACUAGGCAGCCUGCAGCUGCUGCCAACCAGAGUGGGCUCCCGAGGGUUCAUGGACUGCCUCAACCAUCAGGAACACUUGCGCCUGGUGUCAGGCUUGCGUGGCACCCGGCUGAACAUUAUGAUAGCGACACGCAACAUGAUGCGUCUUUGGUUGCAUGAGGCACAGAGGACCUUUUGUGACCGAUUGAACAGCCCUAAUGAGCGCACCUAUUGUGCCAAGAUGCUCUUAGAAGUAGCUCAGUGUACCUUCUGCUCAAGGUCAGGGUCCCCGAACCUGGACAAGGGCUACGUGGAUGAAGAGGAGGAGGAAAAAGUGCCUGAAGUGGAAUCCGAAGGGGAGUUGGCCCAGUGGGAAGACUUAAGCAACAGUGACAGUGAGACAGAGGAGGGUCUUUAUACCCUUCAGGUUCCCACAGGCUUACACUCCCGCAAUCCAGGUGUAACGCCAUCCAGGAAGCCAGUAAACAAGGAGAGCAUGGAGAGCACAGGUCAGAAGAUAAACAAAGAGGAAGACACAAUUAUUUCCACCUUUAAGAGCCAGGUAAAGAGAUCUAAGAGUUGGUGGCAGAAGGCAUCCCGGGUAGACAUGGUCACACCCAUGUUGCUACCAGUGUUACUACUGAAUCCCCAGGAAAAGCCUUCUGACCUGAUCUUUAGUCAGGAGCUGAUAUUGGGGUCCAGCUUGGAGAGCCCCAACUUGUAUUUGGAACGACAGUGGGAGAACCUGGAGGAGCAGCUGGCCAUUUCAGCGGCUCAGUUAAAGCUGAGGCCCCAGCUUAUCCUGUGUCGAUCCGUGACCCAGCAUGUGGCCCGCCUGGUCCGGGUGUUGGCCAGGCCCCGGCAGCAUGGCCUUUUGCUCUCAGGGGUUCUGAGUGCUGGGCGCCAUACUGCCAUCACUCUGGCUGCUAGUAUUUGUCAGGCCCGCCUUUUCCAUUUGCCAUCUGGAUCAGAAGAAGCCAUUCUCCAGUGUCUACGGGAUGCCAGCUGGUACGCUGGCAUGUUAAACCAGCAGGUAGCCCUGCUGGUGCCUGAGGGUGUGGAUCUCACUACCUUUAAUCGCCUGCUGGCUCUGGCAAGUUCAGGUAGUUUCCCUGACCUGUAUACAGAAGCAGAUCUGGACAAACUUGAUGAACAUCUUCCCAGAGAAAACCCUGGUGUCAAACAGAACAUCAAGAAGGAAAUGGUGUUUCAAAGGUUCUACCAACAAGUGUGCAGCCACCUGCACCUGUUCUUCCUGAUCAGAGAUGACCAGACCCACAACCAUUUGCCUUCCAACUUGUUACCAAGGCUCCUUCAACUGGCUGUUGCUAGCAUUGAUCAUUAUGAACCAUGGGACCAAACUGACCUGGUCAGUGUGGCCAAACACCACCUGAAGGGUGCUCAGAAUCUACUCCUUGAUGAUGGCUCUUUGAAGUGCCCAGACCUCCAGGCCUCAAUUACCAAUGUGUCCAAUGCCAUGGCUCUCAUUCACCUUUCGGCUACCAGAUACACUGAGCACCUGUGCCCUCUACUGCCACUUGUCACCCCUAAGACCUUCCUAGACUUUCUGGACACCUUCUUGAUGUUGCAGCACCAGAUGGCCCUGCAGAUGAGGAACAAGGCCUGUCGGAUCCAGAAUGCCCUGAGGAAUCUGGAAUCCCUGAUUGAACAGCACACUGCCCAUGUCAACCUGGUCUUCAACUUGGAACAGAAAGUGAGAAGCUCCCGCAAGAGCCUCAGUAUACUUCAGCAUCAGAUAGAACAAGACAAGUUUCUGUACAAGCAGCAGAUGGCAGAAUGUCAGCAGCAGGAGAAGCUCAUUGAGAAUUUGGUCAAACAGCGAGAUGCUCUGCAGGCUCAGCAUGUGGCUUUCCUGGAACAGAUGGGCAAGGCAUUCCUGGGGCCUCUAAGCCAGCUGCAGGUGGCUGAUUUCGAGGAGUUACGGAGCUAUCGAGCACCACCAAAAUCUGUAGUCCAGGUGACCAAUGCACUGUGUGACCUGUUCCACCGUGAACCAGGCUGGGCCAGUGCGAAGCAACUGUUAUGCACUGAGGAUUUUUAUCAGGAGUUGGUAUUCUUCCCCAAGGAGAAGAUGACAGAUUCAGAGCUGAUCAAGUUAAACCUAGCUCUGAAGGCUCCAGGCAUGAGCGAUGAGGCUCUGCGAGCAGUAAGCACACCUGCAGCAAGCCUGACAGUGUGGCUUUGGGCCGUUCUGCGCUAUGGGUUGGCACAGCGCCGGGGACUGCCGACAGGUCUGCUGUUGCGGCAGGUGGAAGCAGCGCUAGCUCGGGAGCAAGCCCGUCUGGGCCGUUACCAAUUCCAGGCCCAUGAGACCCUGCAGCACAAUUUAACCCUGAUUAAAAAGAUGAAGGAUGCCCAAGAUUCCUAUAGCUUUAUGAUGGAGACCCUCAUUCACGCACAGUUUGGCAAAUAUUACAAGUGGCCCAUAAAGGCUGCACUGCUCACACCUAUACACUCCUGGACUACACAGCUCAAGAAGCUGAAGGGGUACUGCAUGACUGUUUUGGGAGAUGCCCUCCUGUGUUCAGCUGCCAUUGUCUACCUGGGUCCCUUCCCACCAUUGCGGCGCCAGGAGCUAUUAGACAAAUGGCUGGCUCUGUGCGAGGGCUUUCAGGAGACCCUGGGUCCAGAUGAUGUGGCAAAGGCACUGAGGCAGAAGGAGAAAUCUAUUAACAUGCCAAAGAAACCCCUACUGCCCACACACUCUCCCUUCAACCUUCUGUCUUUGCUGAGCUCUGACCAUGAACAGCACCAAUGGGAUAGCGAUCAGAAGCCCCAGGCAAAGUCCGCUCGCCUGGCUGGCCUGCUUCUGCGAAGUCCUACCCACUAUUACAGUUGCCGUUGGCCUCUGCUGCUUGACCCCAGCAACCAGGCUCUCAUCUGGUUGCACCCACUGCCUCUGGAACAGAAUAAUUCCUUGGUCUCAGACUCUACUGAGGACAGAGGUAAGCACAAGAAUGGCCUCAUGAGCAAUCAAGAGAGAGUGUGCCAAGAGGAGGGCAUAGGCGUGGAAGACGAGGAUAGUGAGGAGAGCAGUGAGACCAAGGAUCAAAUAGAAGAGCCGAAGGCAAAGGCAAAUGGGGAGAAAGAAGGAAAAAAGGAGAAAAGGAAGAGGGAAAAAGAGACAGAGAAUAAGUCAAAGCCCGCCUCUGAGACUUCACCUCUUCCCCACCUUAAAGUGCUCUCAGGUGCUGACCCAGAGUUGGGUCCUCAGCUCCAGGAGGCAGCUGCCAGUGGCUUACCCGUGCUACUAACCAACGUGGAGCUAGGCCUAGAGUGUCAAGAACUGCAAUGGUUGCUACAGCGAGAGCAGCUGAGCCCACCCCGGGUGCAGCCUGGCUUCAUUCUCUACCUGAGCACUACUGUCCCCCUCAGUGCCUUGGGAAAAGUGUUAGGUUGUGACUUACUGAAGGGGCUGAAUGUGCUGGAUCUCAGCCUGAACAUGGACGUACUGAAAGAACAGAUGCUACAUGAAAUUUUACGCAUAGAGCAACCCGAGCUCCAGACCCGCUGGCAGGAACUAAAGAACAGAAUCGUGGAUAUUUGCAAAGCUGUGGAGGUGGCUGAGGAGAAGCUGCUGGCAAUGCUGCUGCACCAGAACUCACCACAUCAGAAACCAGCUAAGUUCCUGCGGAACAUGGUGAGGGUCCAGGCAGAGCUAUGCCAGCUGUGUGCCCAGAAAGAGGAGCUAGAAGACCUGAGGCUACAGGAGAUGUUGUUGUGGACACCCUAUCAGCAUUUGGUCCAUCACGGAAUAGCCAUUAUACAGGCCCUAAGCCCACUGCAGAACCUUCUGCCACUUUUACGCUUAAGACCAGAGCACUGCUUGGCAGCCACCAAGCAGAUUUUAGAGAACAUAAAGAAGUGUGAGGCUCAGCCAGGUGAGGACACGGCCAGUCAUCUGCUGCAGAUAAGGACACAGCUGACCCGCCAUCUGCUGGGCAGCACUGUGGCUACCUUGGGCUUGACCCGAGUGCCCUUAGUGGGUGCUCUGGGUGCUCUGGCUCUGUUGCAAGCAGCAAGAAAGGCACCAGAACUGGAGAGGCUGGCGCUCUGGCCUGGACUAGCAGCCUCUCCCACCACAGGCCACAGCCAUCAUAUCCAAGGUGUGACCCGACCAGCCUGGCUAGGGCUGAGAGCCUGGCAUGAAUGUGCAAUGUUAGAAUUACUGCCCCCAUUUGCUGGCCUGCGUGCAUCCCUAGCAGGCCACUCCAACAUCUGGCAAGCUUACCUAUCACUGUCAUCCACAGUGCUGGGUCCUGCACCUGGGCCUGGGCCUGAUCCCCUUAGCCUCCUCCAGAAGUUGAUCCUGUGGCGUGUGCUGCGACCCGAGUGCCUGGCAGGUGCCCUGUCCGACUUCACCACCAGCCUUCUGGGCCGGCCUCUGGAUGAAGCAAUUGAUGUCCCCACCAUGCCCUUGGAGCACAGUCAGGCUACUCAACCCAUGUUGAUCUUGUUACCGCCGCCUGGCCACCCCACAGCCACCCUGCAUCCCCUGCCUGUCAUCCAAAAAUUAGCUGCCAACCAUGAGCAGGGGCAGAAACAUCUACAGGUGAUAGCCCUGGGCUCUGAAGCCUGGGACCCAGUCCCAGCUGUGGUCAGCACUCUAUGCCAAGCUAUGCACAAGGGACACUGGUUGGUGCUGGAUAAUUGCCAUCUGAUGUCCCAGUGGCCAAAAGAGCUACUACAGCCUUUGAUGGGUCUGUUUGAUGGAGCUAACGUGGUCUCAGACUUGGAGUUGGAACUGCUUUUAGCUCAACCUACAAGUAGGAACAUGACCAUUGUGCACAAGGAUUUCCGUCUUUGGCUUAUUGUGUCUGCAGAGGCUAUUGCUUCCUUGCCAGCUGUGUUGACUCAGCACUCCAUGCCUGUUUUCUGGGACCAAUGCCUGGAGCUGGGCCGUGUCUUGAUUGACAGUGUGGAACUAAUCCAGCAGGGAUUCUGCAUGCCACCUACAACCCAGGUGUUGCCUCUGCUCUUCCUACAUGGUCUCCUGCUACAUCGGCAGCUCUAUGGACUGAAGCUGCAGGCACACAGGGGGCGCUGGAGUCAAGACACUCUGACCCAGGUUCUUCAAAUGCAGGGCCAACUGUGGGCCAGACUCAGCAAUCCUCGUGUUGCCAUGCAGGAGCUGGCUGCUUCGGUUUUCUAUGGGGGUCCUCUGAGGGACAUCAAGGACAGGGAGACCCUGAUAAGCCUCACUGAAGCCUGUCUGAGCCCUAGUACUGGGAGCUGGACCUACCCACAAACACCCCAGCAUCUGCUGACCACUCUGAUGCCCAGUUCAGAGCUAGAGGAACUGGAUGCCAUGGCAGAGUUCAAGGCCCAGAUGCACCUAAUGCCCACACCACCAGAACCCCGGAUCUGUGGACUAAGUGUGGGCUCCCAGGCCUGGCUGUUGCGACGCCAAAGUCGUGCUCUCCUAAGCGCAUUGCAACGCAGUUCAACUACUUGGGUCCCCGUGGUUCACCAAGGCGCCCGGCGCAAGGAAAGGCGGCUGCGGCAACGCCUAGCGCAAGCCGCGCGGAGACUGGAGUCACUGCAGGCUCUGCUAACAGCGAGCACUCACCAAGACGAGCUUGGAGCCCUGGGGCCAGUGCUGGGGCCGAAAGCUAGGCGGCCUCUAGAGGGCUUCCUAGAGACCGAGGCACAGGAGUUGAGCGAACUGGUGGGCGCACUGCAACGCGACCUAGACUGCCUGUUGCAGCAGCUAAAGGGAGCGCCACUGUGCUCCUCUCGGCGCUGUACCGCGGUGGCCCAGGCUCUCUGGACUGGCCGCCUACCGCCACCUUGGCGACUCCAUGCGCCCGCCGGCCCUCAACCACCCUGGCAUUGGCUGCGACAAUUGUCACGUCGUGGGCAGCUGUUGACCCGCUACUUAUGCGAGAGUGCUGGCACCGAGGUACCAAAGCGUGUCUUCCACCUGUCCGCCUUUUGCCACCCGCGCCGCCUACUUCUGGCACUGCGUUGGGAAGCUGUCCUGGACCCGCAUUCGCCCAGCCAGAAUUUCCCUGGUAGCCAAGGUUCCGGCUCCAGUCACUGCCCGCUUAAACGUCAGGAGCUGAACAGCAAUCCUCUGCAUCUCAGGGUGGAGAAUGGGCCAAAUCCCACCGUUCCAGAGAUGGGGCUGCUGCUGACUGGGCUACAGAUCCUGAAUGCCGAGUGGGACCCAAUAGCCGGGGCCUUGCAGGACAGUACUUCCAGCCAGCCCAGCCCUUUGCCUCCAGUCAGCGUCAGUGCGCAGACUUGGGGCCCCAAUGACCUGCCCCCUACAGGUGGCCUGGCUGUGUACUCCUGCCCUUUGUACAUGGAAGGACCGCUUGGCAUCACUAGGCUGCACAGCAGAAACAUCCUGAUACACCUGCCCCUGCCCACGAAGCUCAGCCCCACCAUCUGUGCCCAACGGAGAGUUUAUGCAUGCAGUCCACCCCUGCCCUGA